CAGGCACAUUGAAAUUAUACAGAGAAGAAAAACUCAAGAGACUCAAAAGAUGGCUUCCAUGGCGAAAUUUGGUUCGUUUGCUCUGUUCUUCAUCCUUCAAACUGUGUUUUUGUUCAGUCCCACAACCUUAGCUUCAGACCCUUUUGCUUUCUUCAACUUGGAACUCUCUUACAUAUCUGUUUCACCACUCGGGGUUCCUCAGCAAGUAAUUGCUGUGAAUUCAAGUUUUCCAGGCCCUGUUAUCAACGUUACGACCAAUUACAACGUUGUUGUUAAUGUUUGGAACAAAUUAGAUGAGAAUCUGCUGCUUACCUGGAAUGGAAUCCAGAUGCGUCGUUCUUCCUGGCAAGAUGGUGUUCUUGGUACUAACUGCCCGAUUCCUCCAGAUUCGAAUUGGACUUAUCAAUUCCAGGUUAAAGAUCAAAUUGGUAGCUUUUUCUACCACCCAUCUCUCGGGUUACAGAGAGCAUCUGGCGGGUUCGGAUCCUUCAUCAUAACGAAUCGGCCCGUGAUUCCGAUCCCUUUCGCUGCCCCAGAUGGAGAUAUUGUACUUUUGAUUGGUGAUUGGUAUGUUAGAGAUCAUAAGGCUCUCAGGGAGGCUCUCGAUUCAGGGUCCGAACUCGGAGUGCCGGAUGGUGUUCUGAUUAAUGGCAGGGGACCUUAUAGAUACAACAAUACUCUUGUUCCUGAUGGGAUUGUGCACGAGACAGUUAAUGUUGAUCCAGGGAAAACUUACCGAAUUCGUGUUCACAACGUUGGUGUUUCGACUUGCCUGAAUUUCCGAAUUCAGGGGCAUAAUUUGGUUCUUGCUGAAUCUGAAGGUGUUUAUACUCAGCAACAGGGCUAUACCAGUAUGGAUAUCCAUGUUGGGCAAUCUUAUACGUUUUUGGUUACGAUGAAUCAGAAUGCAAGCAAUGAUUAUUACAUCGUCGCCAGCGCCCGUUUCGCCAGUGAAUCUGUUCGCGAUAAGGUCACUGGCGUCGCGAUUUUGCACUAUUCCAACUCGACGGGCUCAGCAACCGGUCCACUUCCGGAUCCUCCAAGUGAAAUCUAUGAUACUUCGUUCGGAUUGAACCAAGCUAUGUCCGUCAGGCAGAAUGUUACCGCUAGCGGAGCACGCCCAAACCCACAGGGCUCAUUUCAUUAUGGCCAGAUCAAUGUCACGGAUACUUAUAUGUUAAAAAUCCAGCCACUGGUCCAAAUUGAUGGAAGACUUCGUUCUACAUUCAAUGGGAUUUCUUAUGCAAAUCCUGAUACUCCAAUUAGACUAGCCGAUAGUUUCAAUCUGUCGGGUAUCUACAAGACUGAUUUUCCCAGUCAGCCUCCUGAUAAUGGUUCAUACAGGUUGGAUAAAUCGAUUAUUGAGGCUAACUACAAAGGAUUUAUCGAGAUAAUCAUGGUGAACGACGAUGCAAUUCCACAUAGCUUUCAUUUGGAUGGAUAUUCCUUCUUUGUAGUUGGGAUGGGUACAGGAAACUGGACAGAAAGCAGCAGAGGAUCAUAUAACCGAUGGGACGCGCUUUCGCGUUCCACCACGCAGGUUUUCCCUGGCGGAUGGACAUCAGUUUUUGUGUCAUUGGACAACGUUGGCGUUUGGAACCUCAGAUCCGAAAACUUGGAUAGAUGGUACCUCGGUGAAGAGACGUACAUGAAGAUUGUCAAUCCGGAAGAUCACAUCAACAAGACAGAAUUGCCUAGGCCUGAAAAUGCUCUCUACUGCGGUGCACUGGCGAAUUUGCGGCGAAAGAAGAAAAAUAAUUCAUCCGCUGUCACAAGCUUUCAUGGAAGCUCAAAGGUGCAAUUGAAGUUGAUGUUGAUGCUUUUUGUUGCUCCAUUUCUGUUUUGGUAAUGUUAUUUUGGUCUAAUUAUACUUGGAGACAAUAUACAUAUACUAGGUUGGAGUUUUGAUAGAUUUCUGUAUUAGGCCAAAUUCAAUUUAAUUU